CCUGAGAAUGUAGUGAAGGAUUCCUGUGCCGGAUAUUCUUGAUUGGUCGGAUGACUCAAGGAAUCCUAUUGGUAGUGAAUACAUUAUUAUGAAGCAUGUUGAGGGUGUGCGGCUACAAGAGCGAUGUCCUACAAUUUCCGGAAGUCAAUAUAUGAAAUGUUUCCAAUCAGUCUGUAUGACGAUGCAGCAACUAGCAGCACUUGAGUUUCCAGCAUAUGGAAGUAAUUAUUUUGAGAAUGCACCAUUUGACUCGACGUUAAAGGUACCUUUAAGCCAAGGUUUCUGUAUUGGACCGUAUUGUUCAACUACAUAUUGGGAUAGCAAUGCUAGUGGAACGGAGAAAGGACUUACGAUUCCUGCUGGCCCUUGUAUGUGAAGAGUUCCGCAUUCUCGUUAUCAACAAAUUUCUAACACAGCACGAAGGGCAAGAUCUUGCAGCUUAUUCCUCAGGACUAGUUGCUAAUGGAUACUCCAAACUUCCAUCCUCCGAUAUUGACAUUGACACAUCACGAUCUUCGUACUUCGGUACAGUAAGAGAACACCGGAAUUUGUUAAACGCAACUCAGAAAAUACUUCAAAAUUUGAUAACGCAACCGCAAAUCAAGAGUGCCUCAACACCAACUCUUCUUCAUGCAGAUUUACACGCUAGGAAUACUUAUGUUUCGAAUGAAGAUCCAAAUUUGAUUACAUGUCUUAUUGACUGGCAAUCUAGCUCAAUUGAACCUGCUUUCAUCUAUGCAAACGAUAUGCCGGAUUUUGCGGCCCUCCCAGAUCCUCGCACUGAAGAGGAGUCAUUAGACGAAGCAACUUCAGACAGUGAACCACCUCUGUCUGAACAAUAUAUUAAGAUGCGCAAGGUCGCUCCGUACUGUAAUCAGGCCUAUGAAAUCUUUAUGAAAGCUUUUAUUCUGAAGCUGCGGGUGGCAAGAUCAGUUGAUCAGUCGCUUGUGCGGCCAUUCCAGUACUCCAAUACUUCAUGGAGGGACAGUGCGGCUGCAGUGCGGCAAGAGUUUCUUGAUCUUGUAGAGAAUUGGAAAGACUUGCGCCUAACUGGUGAAUGUCCUUACAUUCCUACCAAAGAAGAGCUCGAGAUCCAUCGAAAAGCAUACAAGGCUUUUCAACACGUCCAGGAGCUCAAGCUGGUGCUCAUAAAAUUGCUACAUACCGAUUCUGACGGCUGGUUACCUAUUGAUCGCUGGGAUGAGGUAAGAAGUGCUCACAAAGAAGUCUUCAACACGGCUUUGGAAAGUGCUCGUGAAGAGGGGAGUGAGAUGACUGAGGAGGAUGUUAGGGAGUUGUGGCCUUUUGAUGAUUGGAAGUUAUGAGUUAUGUUAUACUGGUUGAACUAGAUGUCAAGAUUAGUGUAUUAUAAUUUAACUCUAAUGAGGAGUAUCAAUUUAUAACAAAAGCUGGAGUUCAAUACAUCGAUUAAUUGUAAACAUCUCUAUUAUUAAUCAAGGCAAAUCUAUAGAUAUAAUA